ACGCCCACCACACUGACAGCAGACAAUUUGUAAAGAAACCGGGGGAUGUUCGGGGUGUACGCCCAGCAACACCAGGCUCCGCCCACCGGUACUGUCAUUAUUAUUGGACUGUCUUCCCCCCGGAAUAUUCCGCGGAUCUUUCCCCCGAGGAUGGAGGAGGGGAGGAAGGAGAUGAUGGAGGAGGGGAGGAAGGAGAUGAUGGAGGGGAUAUUGAGCCUCACUAUGGAGUUCAUCUACCUGAUGACGGGAGAGGAAUACACAAUGGUGAAGAAGACGUCUGGAGAUCAUGUGACAUUCAGCAGCUAUUCCCGUGCCUCAGAAGAUUGGAGAACCGCCAUGGAUCCUCCACCUCCAUUCCUGAUACCAGAGAGGAACAACGACAAGAAGAUUCUGGAGAUCAUCAACAAGAUCACGGAGCUUCUGACGGGAGAGGUUCCUAUCAGGUGUCAGGAUGUGGCCGUCUAUUUCUCCAUGGAGGAGUGGGAGUAUAUGGAAAGAAACAAGGACACCCUGAUGGAGGACCAGCUGCCCCUCACACCUCCAGAUGAACGACCCAACAAUAACAUUAUAGAAAUCGCCUUUCCUGAUAUAGAAGACGAUGACAUCUCAUCUGAUUCUUCGGGGAAACACUCCGUCAGCUCAGAUCUCCAUCCCGAACUUCACUGUGAAGAUCUGUCUUCUCCUCCUUCCACCCAUGAGAGAUUUUACCCCGCCAUCCUCCCAGCCACCAAUCGGGAAGUUAGUACAGGAGGAGAGGCGCUCCCGUGGUCUGAGCACAGUGAGUGUCUUAUGGAGAGAACUGAAUUUGUUUUAUUCCAGGACAGUAAAACGGGGGAGAAUCUGUAUUCCUGUCUCGAGCGCGGAAAGUGUUUUCCUUACAAAUCGCACCUUAUCAGACACGAGAGCGCUCACGCGGUGAAAGGGCCGUAUUCCUGCUGGGAAUGCGGGAAAUGUUUUUUAUACAGAUCGGCUCUCCUCCUCCACGAAAUGAUUCACACGGGGGAGAAGCCAUUCUCCUGUUCCCAGUGCCAGAAACGCUUUAACCGCAAAUCGACUCUCAACAGACACCAGAUCAUGCACACGGGGGACAAGUCCUAUUGCUGUUCCGUGUGCGGCAAAUGCUUUUCCCAGAGACCUCAUCUUCUAAAGCACGACCGAGUCCACUCCGGGGAAAGGCCGUUUCCCUGUGUAGAGUGCGGGAAACGUUUCUUCCAGCAAUCUGAUCUGAACAGACACGAGAGGGCUCACAGAGGGGUGAAGCCGUAUUCCUGCUCCCAGUGCGGGAAGGGCUUUUCCCAGAAGUCCAUACUUACCAGACAUGAAAGAAUUCACAUCGGGGAGAAGCCAGAUUGAUGUUCCGAAUGUGACAAAUUGUUUCUCCGAAAUCGAUCCUCAUCACACGUCAGGAAAGUCACACGAGGGUGAAGCCGUAUCCAUGCUCCCGGUGUGGGAAGGGUUUUCCUGUCAUUUUUUUUUUAUCUUCUCGGACAUGAAAAACUUCAUCAGGG